CGCGACUGUGCGUGAUGACGUUAGCUGCACGCAGCGCUCGGGCUUUCGGAAGAGAGAAGGCAAGUUAGCUUUCAGAAAACCGGACUAAAAUCAUGCAAAAAACGAGUGUUUAGAUUCUGCAUAACCAUGGAGACUGAUGCACACUCCUUCCAUGUGGAGUUCCCGGAUUUUUCCUGCUCGCUCCUGAAGAAGCUGAACCAGCAGCGGCAGAGAGGGCAGCUGUGUGACCUCAUCGUGUCCAUCGGCGGGCAUCAGUUUCGCGCCCACCGUGCGGUUCUGGCCGCCAGCUCUCCGUACUUCUGCGAUCAGGUGCUGCUGAAGAACAGCGCCCGCGUUGUGCUGCCAGACGUCAUGCAUCCGUGCGUUUUCGAGCAGCUCCUGUUGUCGUGCUACACGGGAGGGCUUUCAGUGCCGGCCGAAGAUGUGGUUUCCUUCUUAACAGCUGCGAGCUUCCUGCAGAUGUGGCACGUGGUAGACAAAUGCACUGAGCUUCUGGAAGUAGGGAAGAAAAACCGGAUCGACCAUGGAUCGUCUCCAAAAGGUGAUGGUUAUGCCACUGAUAGUGAGGACGCUGGUCAGACUGCAGGUCAGGGAGAAGAUCUAGCCGAUCUAGAUCCUGCUUCAGGUCCAGGGGCUUUAGAAAGCACUGGCUGUUCGUCUCCAGAUGAUCCGAGCAGUGAGAAUGGAUCAGAUGCAAUGGAAAACCAGUGCUCUAGACCAGCCUACGUGCCGCAGAGCAUAAUGGGACACAGAAAGAAGGUGCAUAUAAAAUCAGAAAGGCAGAAUCGAGAUGCUUGCGGCAGCUUGUUAGGCGCCGAACACGGCGUAAACGAUCCAGACGAUCCGAACAUGGCAGAGGAUUGUUUUGACGAGAAACUAGUGGAGUGCUUGGAUCGAGACUGCUCUUAUGAAGAGCCGUUAGACUUCUAUGGGACCUCCAUGGAGAGCUUUUCGCAAGCCUCGGAUGAGUUUUCCAACCCGACGUCCAGGGAGAAACUCCAGCUCGAAGGAGGUGCUGAUGUUUCUAAAGAGGAGACGCCGGAUGACGGCGGCUUAAAGGAGCAGACCUCUCACUCAGGCUUCGCUUCGGUGGUUUACAAGCUCUAUCCGUGCCAGUGCGGCAAAAGUUUCACGCACAAGAGCCAGAGGGACCGGCACAUGAGCAUGCAUCUGGGUCUGAGGCCGUUCGGUUGCGCCGUUUGCGGCAAAAGCUUCAAGAUGAAGCAUCACCUGGUGGGCCACAUGAAGAUCCACACAGGCAUCAAACCCUACGAGUGCAGCCUGUGCUCCAAACGCUUCAUGUGGAGAGACAGCUUCAACCGACAUACCUCCACGUGUGCACGGGCCCAUCAGACCCGACGGGCGUCUCAGAUCUGCUAGAGGAACCUCAGCAUGCAAGCAUCCUUUACCUGAAUGCCAAACUAGCCACUGUACACUGCAGAGUUAUUUUAAACAAGCACCUCAGUUUUGAACAGAGGCCUUCUGUUCAGUUCAUUUGUUCAGGUGUAAAGUAUCGGACAAAAGUUGGGAAAAACUGCAUUUUAGGUAAUGUUUUUAGAAGAUACUCAUGUUCACCAAGGCUGCAUUUAGGAAUCAAAACAAAUACAGGAAAAGCAGUACAUUUGUGAAAUAUUAUUACAUUAUUUUAUUAUUUAAUAUGUUUUAAAAUGUCAUUUAUUCCUGUGAUGCAGAGCUGUAUUUUCAGCAUCAUUCCUCCAGUCUUCAGCGUCACAUGAUCUUCAGAAAUCAUUCUGAUAUGCUGAUUUGUUGCUUGAGAAACAUUUCUGAUUAUUAUCAAUCGUGAAAACAGUUUUUUAUAUUUUUGUGGAAAACGUUAUAAAUAACCAUUCAGAUUUUUUUUAUUAUUAUUGAAAUUAACAAGCAUGCAUUCCAGUAUAUUGAUUAAAAGUAAAGACAUUAAGUAGAUUAAGAUUUUUAUUUCAAAUAAAUGCUUUGAACUUUUGUUCAAUACAGAAAUUCUGAAAAAAUGCAAUGUUUUCCACAAAAAUCAUAACUGUUUACAACACUGAUAAUACUAUUAUUAAUAACUGAGCAGCAAAUCAUCAUAUUAUUCUGAUUUCUGAAGAUCAUGUGACACUGAAGACUGAGUAAUGAUGCUGAAAAUACACCUCUGCAUCAUAAGAAUAAUAAUUAAAAAGUAUGCAUUACAAUAGAAAACAGUUGUUAAACAGUUGUUUUACUGUAUUUUUAAUGAAAUAAUGCAGCCUCGGUGAGCAGAAGAGACUUCUUUAAGACAACAUGAAUUAUUUCAGACUUUUGACCGAUCGAUAUUAAGUCAACAGAUCUUCUUAAUGGAGGUUGUUGUAGUAAAAUUUCGUGUUGACUUCAAUGUCAUUCUAAAGUCUCCACAUUCUACACUAGUCACAAGUCACCAGUCGUAAUAUUCAGGGUUUAAGACUCACGAAGCGCUUUGGAGUUUAAACAAGGUUUAUCUUCUGUAAAUAGAACUGUUCCCCGAUGCAGCAUUAUGCUGGAUAUCAUUUGCUUGAUUUGAGCUGGAUUCAGUGUUUGGCAUCAACUCUAUUGUGGCCAGAGUGUUUCCAAUAGGAUUUCACAGAGACCAGCGCUGGUUUCAGAUGCUAAAUCUGUUCUAAUCCAUUUCAGGCUCUAAAAGUCAACAGAUUUAUUAGGAGGAUUUUGAAGGGAAAAAGUCAAAUCAAUUCUUACAUAAUGCUGCAUUAAUGGCAUUGACAUUUUCAUCUCCUUCUGCAAACACUGUUUAUGUAUGUGAUUUUCAUUUUGUCAAAUGUUUUAUAAUGUGCCAUAAUUGUAAAAUAUUAUUAAUGUCAUCUCUAUAUGGGUGAAUCUUGUUAAAACAUGUCCAGGUCAUAUCACACACACACACACACACAAUAUUUUGCAUAAAGAUAUUGAACCUUAUACAGCACUUAUAUUAUUGUAAUUUGUUUCACCGUUUCAUUUGUUUGUAAUUCUCAGUAUUUUAAAUGGGGAUUCUCAUUAUAGUCUUAUUACUGUAAUACAGUAAUGGAGAUUAAUCCUUUUUAGUCGCAAUUUUUUAAUAUCUUAUGAUCGUUUUGCUAGUAAAAAAGGCUUUUUCUGUAUGCAAAUUAUGACUAUAUAUUGCCAUCAGUUAAUUUUUGUUUUUGUUUUGGUGGGGGGGGGGAGGUGAAAUAUGACCUUGAAUAUGAUCUUGAUGUGUUUUUAAAAUGAAUCUGUAUAGUAUUGAAGUAAAGUGUAUUUAAGAGAGAGAUCUCAAAGCACAGCCACCUGUAAAUAACAAAUGUUAGUGAAAUGAACAAGAAAACAUCUUUAUUGUUUUACUUCACAAAGCCAUUUCAUGCAAAUGUCAAAAAAGAGCACAAGAAACAACCUAUAAAAAGUGAAAGGGCUGUAAAACUCGUGUUCAGGAGGGUUGGGUGUCUGGCUUCGUUCAGUAGUCUGGUAUUAACUGCAAACCUCUGUCACAACGAUAACCUCGGAUGCUGUGGUAUUCAGUAGUUUGAGAUGGUGCAUGGAAUUCAGUCAGUGCUUAAUUAGAACAAAAUGUAAGCUAAUUAUAUUAUAGUUUUAGAUCGAAUUUAAAUAGGGGUUUUCUUAGAAUAUUGAAUUCUACCUGAAAGUGUUGUAAGCUAGUAGAACACUCUAAAGAGCAUUUCAAACAUGUUGUUUCGGCAGUUCCCAAGUAUUUGUGAAUUGUACUAUAGAAAUAAUGUUUGGAUUAUGUUUUGUUAAAUUUUUAUUAUGAAUGUGCAAAUUUCUAUAUGCCUCAAACAGAACAAACAAGUGACAAUCAUGGAAGCAGAAACAGAAUAUUUAACAGUUAAGUAAGCAGUACGGUUAAAAAUCACCUCUCAGUAGUCAAAGUCAAUCAGACUGAAUAUUAAUGGAAAAUAAAAUCAGCCAUGUAUUAAAUUCUUUGUCAGUUUUUUUUUUCUCAAUACAAUUUUAAAUAAUUUAA